AUGAGGCGCAAUGACCGUUCACGAUCACCAGCCACACGUCGGAAUGGUACCCUGCAGUCGUGUGAACCCUGUCGGAGAUCGAAGCAGCGAUGUGAUCAUGAUCGGCCCAUCUGUCGCAGAUGCGCUGCCAAGGGAAUCAGUAAUAAAUGUUUCUACCACCCGUCUCCUAUGACGAGAAGAAGGCCAUCGGAUACAGUGAUUAAUGAAGUCAUCCCGAAUUCACUGACAAGCCAGCCAACCUCAAAUACUUCGAGCCCCGGGGCAUUGGGCAAUGGACGCCUUUUUGUGCCCCUGGAGCCACCGUCAGCACUUCCUGGCUACCUGGGCCCGAUAAGCUAUUCAGCAGUCUUAUCCGAACAUCGCAAUGAGAUCCCACCCGAACCCGAGGAGACCGAUUCGGCCGGUCUAAUGGUGGAUCCCGAUCGGCUCCAAUCCGGGGUCGAGGCGCUGAGGUUUCUGUAUCAGCUUACGAUGCGCGAGACUUUGAUUGAGAAAUAUUAUUUGAAAUCGUGGAACACCAUUGUCCCAAGAAUAGUCGUGGACGAGAUUCUGCGCUCAUUGCACACCAUCUUCAGCGGUUUCACCGAGAAUCCCACAUUGCAGCUGCAGGAAUUAUCGAAUCGGAUAUUCCAAAAUACUUCGCGGCCAAUGCGAACGCAUAAGACGAUGACUAUAGAGGAGUACUGUGGUUCCUUUACCGGUCGCAAUCUGCGAUGGGAGGCUAUCGGGUCUAUAUUCUCCCUUUGUGGCAUGCAGUUGAUGGUUACGCUCGACAAUGACCCUGAAGUUGUCCAGAAUUCUGACGACCCGGGGUUGAAAGAACGCUUAGUGCAUCAAAUCACGGUGGUAAGCACAAUCUGCCUUGGUUUCUGUGACCAGGCAUCAUCGGCAAAUGAGCUACUGGUAAUGUUACAAUUCAACGACACAAUGCUUCGGACGCAGCAAUACGGUGAUCAAAGUUAUCAAUCGUGGCGCCGACUGAGUGACCUGGUAGCCACGGUCUAUGCAGCCGGACUGCACUUGGAAAACGAUAGCGCCGAAAAUGCACCAUUCUUCCUUCGGCAAUGGCGCAGGCAAUGCUUUGUUGCGGCAUUUGCUAUGGACAAAAUGAUCGCAACCUUUUUUGGCCGACCGCCACUGAUGAAUGGACGAUUCUGCACCCCUACUGCGCCCUUGGACUUGAGCGAUGAAGUCCUUGUUGCGGGCGGUCACGUCCUUGAAAGGGCUAUUUCAAAUCUUGACGGUGCUGGUUGGAAUAGAGAGGGUAUAUUACACGCGGUCACUCCAACACGUAUCCGAUAUUACCUAGCGAUCAUCCGGGAGGAAACUCUCGAGGUGGUACUGGGGACCCACGAGCAGUACGAUCUGAUCCAGAAGUCCAAUGACAUCCAAGCGAAAUCACGCGCUAUUUGGGCUGCUUUUCCAGAAAAUACUCGAUACGAUUGUCUCUCGCAUGAUAGUGCACAUCAUGGAGCGCUGGCCAUCACAUAUUUCUACUUACACUAUCUCUACACUUGCUUCCUGCUCUACCGAGCAGUUGUCAAGGGUACCAAUACGGGACAAGGAGACCUCUGUGACGUUUCUCGCCGGAUUUUGGCCAUUGUCAUUCAGAUCAAUUCUUCUCGAACUCCGAUGGUUGAUCUAGAUCGACACUUCUCAUGGAUUGUUCUCACAUUCGGGGUUCCGUCAGCCAGUGUUCUUCUUCUUGAGCUUCUGCGUCAGUCGUCUGAGCCAGGUCCACAUGCUGUUCCUCUCCCACGCGCUGAACUGAUCCGCAACCUCAGUGUGUUUGUCUCGUUCUUGUCGUGGGUUGCUGUCCCCGGUCACGGUAACUACAAAACCUGCAAACAGGCUGAAAAAAAGUUGGCUCGCAUCUUGGAUCAGAUUCUCGAUCCCCAACCCGUCCAGCAGCAUGUGGUCGAUGAUUGUACCUCGGGCCUCGACGACUUCCUCAACUGGUCAAACUUCAAUACAACCUGGGAUUUCACGACCGGAUACAUCCCCCUGGGCGAGAGCUUUACAGCUUAG